AUGUCAAAAUUCGAGGACGCGUUUGAAUUAACUGGUUAUGGAUGGUUCAAUCACUUAGUGACCUUUACAUCAGGACUGGUACUCCUUUACACCAUGGAGGAGUCCCUGGGCAUAGGAUACAUCAUGACGGUGGCUGAGUGUGACCUGAACCUUACGGUCAUGCAGAAAGGGUUGAUCAAUUCAGCGGCUUUUAUCGGUAUCCUUUCAACCGGCAUAUGGUGGGGCUACCUGAGUGAUCAGUACGGUAGAAAGAGGGUCAUGUUGCCUGCACUCCUCACAUCUUGUGUCAUCUCUUUCUCUUCUACAUUCUCCACUAACUUCAUUUCUAUGUUCUUGCUUCGGCUUCUCACUGGAUGUUUAGUGUCAGCGUCCAGUGCAACAGUAUUCGCUUACGUUGGAGAAAUGCACGACAACACCAGAAGGUCUACGGCCAUCAUGUAUUCUUCUACUGCUAUUGCUGUCACAUUCAUCAUAUUGCCAAUCCUGGGCUGGAUAAUCCUCAGCGAUACCUGGUCAUACAACCUUGGCAUAAUCACGGUCACACCUUGGAGGGUGUUCAUGUGGACCUGGUUAUUCCCUGGUCUGCUAGCAGCCCUCAUUCUGGUGUUCCUACCUGAGAGUCCAAGGUUCCUCCUGGCCAAUAAAGGGCCGGAGGAGGCGAGGGAUGUCCUGGCGCAGAUGUACGCGAAGAAUUUGAAGAAGAAGAAAGAGGAAUAUCCUGUAAAAACAAUAUCUGACGCUGCAAAAGUUGCCACAAAACACGGGUUCAAAGUCGCGUUCACGAAUCUGGCCCACCUGUCCAAACCACCACUACGCCGCUGCGUUCUAUUGUCACAUACCAGCAUGUUCAUGAUUUUCAUGUUGUGA